UAAAUAUGUACAUAUAUGGUACAGUGUAGUACUGUGGUUUCUAACCUUAUUAAUCGUGUAUCAGUUUGAGCAUCGAUUGCCGGAAUUUUAUAGUGGAAUUUUAGUAUUAUUUGUUAAUAAUUUCUAAUCAAUUUUCACUAUAUAACGUUUUUUAAGUAUUCAAGCAAUAAUGAAUUUAAGUUUUUUGAGAAUUUGUAUUAUAGAAUUAAAUACCUUAUCACAACAUGCUAGAUGUUUACAUUAUUUGAAAAACUCCAGAAAUAUAUCUAAUACACUAAUAUCAACCAAUACACAUACUAAUUUGUAUAAUUUAUAUAAUUUUUCACCUAAAUUAUGUAACAUAAAUAAAUUUUCUACUGGUGAUAUAUUAUUAAAAAGUAAAGAUCGACCUAGCAAUAAAAAACAAGUGAUACACGUUAAUCUUAAUGAAAUAUCUGAUAUAGUGAAAGUAGAUCGUAUGAUGUCCCAAUUUGAUGGAGCAAUUGAAAAGUACAAAGAUGAGAUGAUUAAAAACUUAGCAGUACGUACAAGAGUAGGUGCCAUAGAAGAACUGACAAUAACAUUUGAAGACGAAGAACAUAAUCUUGAAGAGCUUGUAGAGAUUAAUCGAAAAUCUAAUAUGGUAGUAUUGGAUGCAUCUGCAUUUCCACAAAUAAUUCCAAAUAUUGUAGAGGCUAUAUCAAAAUCUCAAAUGAAUUUAAAUCCACAACAAGAUGGUACAACUAUUUAUAUUCCAUUGCCUAAAGUCACUAAGGAACACAGAGAAGGUUUAGCAAAAAUAGCAAAGCAAUACUUUGUAAAAUGCAAAGAUCUUGUUGGUAAUAUAAGAAACGAACAUAUCAGAAAUCUGAAAAAACAAGAUGGAAUACCGAAAGACUUGAUGUUUAAAGCUGAAAAUUAUAUAGGUGCUAUACAAAAGCAAUAUGUAGAUAAAGCAGAACAAUUAUUGAAAGCCAAACAGAAAGAACUUUUAGUUAUUAUUUUCUGUAACAUAGUCUGAAAGAGCUUUACAAAGAGCCAUUGCAGCAGUUUCUAAAACAUCUUUUCUAUGAAAACUUAUGCUAAGUCGUAAAAAGUUGUGAGAUUUUCCUGAAUGUGAAAAUCGUAUACCUGGUAUGGCAGAUACCUUGUAUUUUUUCUGACACCAUUGAACAAAAUCAGUACCAUUUAUUCCUAUAAAUGAAUUUGUUUACACAUA